AUGCCUAGUUUGCCAGCUCUUGUUAUGCUCUUCCCGAUUAUUUCAGCUGCGGAAUCUCUAGUUCUAUUCAUCCACUACUCAUCUCAGCAACCCCCAAAACAAUACCAACAAUCUACUCCACCUUGGUGGGCUUUUGGCGCAAUUUCAGCUUCAAUUGUACUUCUAUGCAACGAGUACCGACUCAUGGUACCAGGGCUUGUUUGGGGUAUUUCUGGCCUUCUCACUAUUGGAGUGGUGCGAGCGUUAUUGGUUAUCGAGUCGUGGCACGACUUCGAAAUCGAGGCAAGGCUUCAGCGAUUUCACGGAUUCAUCAUUAUGACACUUCUCUCUGGACUGGUUGUCAGCUCCGCGAUAGCCUGUUUAUUCGAGUCGCCUGCAGAGCUGCAUGUGCGCUCACGAACCUUGGGAUUGAUGUUUGUUAAUAUAGUUACGGUCACCGGUACCACAUUCACUGGCACAUCUUUACUGGCAUAUUCCCCGAUUUCACUACUUGAUGCCAAGCCAGUAUACUCUACCAAGCUGGGGCCUGGAGCCGAGCAUUACACAUCAUUUGCCUCCAGUAUCCUCGUCCUAGUAGCAACGCUUUGUUCCCAGCCAGCGACAGUGGUUUCUUGGGUUCAGAUCCUUAUGUAUCUACUCGGCACCCUUUGCGUCCUACGGAUGUACGAAGCCCAUGAUACUGUUGUCGAAGCUACGGAUCUUAUUCACCAACUUUUCCGUACGUUUCGCAAUAAUUCGACAGGGACGCCACGCAAAGUUUUGUCUAUCGGCAUUGUUUCGUUUGUGUUUGUCUCCCUCGGUGUUGCAUUGUUUGUCCUCGAAUCUGUAUCCCUCGCAUCAGCCUCAUGCCAGGACUCUACUUCGGUAGAUUCCACCUACAGUGCCCCCUCAUCAUUCGAUAUAGUCAUCAGCGCAUAUCUCGAAGAGCCAGAACAGAUCAAGAGCCUGCUUGACUCGCUGAGGAAAACUGCAUAUCUCAGAAAUCAAAGACCGAACGUCAUACUUUAUACCAAAGACCCAGAGGCGAACAUUGCGGCAUUGAAAGAUGCUACAAGCGCCAACGUUGUUAAACAACUGGAAAAUGUCGGCCGGGAGGGAGGAACAUAUUUACAUCACAUUGUUACGAACUGGGACAGCCUUGCCGAAAAGACGAUGUUUAUCCAAGCUCACGCGCACAAUAUGCGAGAGCUCCUCCCAAAGAUCGAAGAUUACCUGGUCGCAGACACAGGAAUGUUGAGUUUGGGAUUCGCAGGUGUGACAUGUAGCUGUUUAGAUUGUCAAGAUCGAUGGGGUUGGAAGGACCACGAUAACGUCAUCCCAACCCUUUACCAGCAGAUAUACAACCAAACUUGCGACUCGAAUACCCCGAUUUUACUAUCGUAUAAAGGGCAGUUUGUUGCGAGUGCUAAGCGGAUACGGGGAAUUAGUAAAUCGAUAUAUGAGAGGCUACUGCUUGCUACAACGACAAUGGAGGGUUGGGGCAACAACCGAGAUCUAAGCGACGAGCAGUCGCUUGAUGACCCGGUUUUUGGUUUCACUAUGGAGAGGAUUUGGGGAUUGGUAAUGCAAUGUGCUACUGAUGAUAGAGUAGCUGUUCGAUGUCCUAGCCUCCUCAGUGGAAAGGGAUUGGGUGGCGACGUGAGAGACUGCCAAUGCUUUGAUCCCUGA